AUGUUCUCCCCAGUCUUCAAGAAAACGCUGGCAACGGCUGCUGCUGGUGCAGUUGCUUUAAGUAUCCCAUCGCAAACCGUGUUUGCCGAAGAAGAGAAAAAGAAAAGCAAGCUUAGCAUUUACGAUGAGCCCCAACCCAAGGUGGUGAUUGUGGAAGAGCCAACCAAGCUUGAAGAGCACGUGGCAUAUGCUCAAAAAUUCGCCAACGAAAAGGUGGAAGAGGGCAAGACCCAUGUUAAUUCAUUGCACAAGGACUGGAAGCAAUUUGAGCAGUGUGUUAAGAAUACGGUGAAGCAAACCAUUGACAAGGAUGAAGAGAUUCUUCCCAACGGUCUUUAUGUGGGUGUGGCAGCAUUGGCAGGCACCAUUCUUGCACGCAACCGUAACAUUGUCAUCCGAUUCAUCACUUCGACUGCCCUUGCUGUGGGUACUGCUCACUACUUGUUGCCAAAGACAACCCACAAUGUUGCCGUUCAACUUGAAAAGGUCGAGAGCAAAUACCCAGAGUUACAAUCUGCACACAAGUCUCUUAAUGAUGCUAUCAGCGAUGCUCGCAAGCAGGUGGAUGGUCUUGUUGGAGAGGCUCGAGGAGCUUUUGAUGAAAGCACCAGCAAAUUGUUUGGAUCGUUCCAGCAAAACGACGCAUCACAACAGGCAAAGGAUAAGUUUGAAAGUGUAAAGAAGAAUGUAGAGAGCAUGUACAGCACCCGAUCGAACCCUGGUGUAGAGGAGACUUUGAAGAAGAACAACAACUAG